GGUGAGUUGAAUCGGACAACUGCAUCGCAUACACUGAAUCGUUCAUCGUCCCGUUCACACGUUAUACUAACAGUCUACCUAGAAAUAGUCGAUCCCAUGGAUAGCAGUGAUAGAUACACAAGAUAUAGCAAAAUUCAUUAUGUGGAUUUAGCUGGUUCAGAAAGGCUAAAAGGAGUUCAG